UUCUUCUGGAAGCAAUUGUUAAUGUCUAUAUAUACAUGGAAGGAUCCAACUCUUCUUAUCAAAUCACAACAUUUGCAAACACAAAACUAUAUUUGUCUAUACAAACUAUUUUUUACAUCAAGUUGAAGAGAAAAAUGAGUGUGGAAAUUUUGGAUGGUGCCACAAUUGUCCACUUCCUUGAAGAUGAAGAAGCAUUUAAUAGCUCGGUAGGAAAUCGGUUCGCUCGCCUCGACACAAACAACGACGGUCUUCUCUCCUAUGAAGAGAUGUUGAAGGAGCUCCGGAGCUUGAGGAUUUUUGAAACACACUUUGGUAUUGAUGUGGAUUCAGACCCAAAUGAGCUUGCUCGUGUUUAUGAAUCUUUGUUCAUACAAUUCGAUCACAACUUGAAUGGCACAAUUGAUUUGGAAGAAUUCAAGAAGGAAACUAAGCAGAUGAUGCUUGCAAUGGCAGAUGGGAUGGGUUUCAUGCCAAUUCAAAUGGUCUUGGAAGAAGACAGCAUCCUCAAAAAAGCUGUUGAAAUUGACUCUAAUAAAGUGGCAGCGUAAAUACUAUUUUGAGAUUUAACCAAGUAUUCUAGUAUUUUUAACAUUUUGUUUGUUAUUAUUAUAAUUACCACUGGUUUUUUUUGUUAUGAAUUCCAAACGUCUACAAGAAAUAACAAAAAAAUAUUUUGAGAUUGUAUUGUACUUCC